AUUUUUCCCCUUUUUAUUGGUUAACCAUUUUACCAUUGAUUUUCUCUCUCUCUCUCUCUCUCUCUCAUUUUUUCCCCCUCAUAUUUCUGUUUGGCUCUAGAUUUCAUCAUCUCUAACAUCGCGCUCAACCCAAGGCUUUUGAUUUGAUCUCGAAUCCCUUCCCUUGACCGCCGUUUUCUUGUUCAGUACCAAGAACAAAGGACAGAAAAGUGGAGGUUACGUUUCUAAUUACUUCAACUCAGAUAUGUAGAUAAGACCUGAAGCAGACCUGAAGCAUUCUUAUCCACAGUUAAACGGUGGCUGGACAUAAUUCCAAAAUGAGAACAGAGGAGAAUCACGUGUAUUUCAAACAUAUUUUUCCUUCCACAAAGGUCUGAUAACAAUAUAAUGUUAGGCAACAUUUUAUAAAUGCUGUGCUGCUUUGGCAAUGAAAAGUUUUCAGGAAGACUGCGCUUGAUGGACUGCUCACCAAACAGAAGUGACAAGAAAACACUGAAGCGUUGGUUUUUCAUUGAUAAAAGGGUUGGGUAAAUAAUUUUUGACAAGGGGGGCACAAAUUUGUAUUUGAUCGAGCUUCUUUCCCAUUACAUCACUGUAUUACAAAAUAUUUUUUUUUUCUCUCGUAUUAAGUUGCUACAUGGACUUGACAUCAAAUCACACAUCUCCUGUUCUCACUGAACCUGCCCCAAUGAAUAAAUCAAGGCUAGGAAUCCAUCCUGCUAUCUUGCCUUACUCACAACCAGGUGGUUCCUUUCCUCCAAGUAAAUAUAUCACAAUUCCAAGGAAAAAGUCAGGAAAAUUUGAUGAUGUCUGGUCCAAUGGUUGGUUGGAUGCAAUGAAAUCCUCUUCUCCUCCUCGGAAGAAGCUAAUUAAGGAUUUUGAUGUCGAGUUUCCUUCAGAUGAUGAUACUGAUGUUGCUUACAGCUCCUGGAUGCUCAAACAUCCUUCAGCACUCAACUCUCUAGAGCAAAUUACCAGUUAUGCAAAAAAUAAAAAAAUAGCUGUUUUUUUGGACUAUGAUGGGACCCUUUCUCCAAUAGUAGAUGAUCCUGAUUGUGCUGUUAUGUCUAAUGCUAUGCGAUCUGCUGUAAGAAAUGUUGCCAAAUAUUUUCCAACGGCAAUCAUUAGUGGAAGAAAGCGAGAAAAGGUUUUUGACUUGGUAGGACUAACAGAACUCUAUUAUGCUGGUAGUCAUGGGAUGGAUAUCAUCGGCCCUGUGAGUCAAACAGUGCUGAAUUCCCAUCCCAACUGUAUUGGAUCUACUGACCAACAGGGUAAGGAUGUUAAUCUGUUCCAACCCGCAAGGGAAUUCUUACCCAUGAUAGACGAGGUUUUUGGAACCCUUGUCGAGAAGACAAAAGAUAUAAAAGGCGCAAAAAUUGAAAAUCAUAAGUUUUGUGCCGCUGUACAUUACCGCAAUGUAGAUGAGAAGAAUUGGCCUACAAUAGCGCAAUGUGUUCAUGAUGUACUAAAAGACCACCCACGUUUACGAUUAACACAUGGACGGAAGGUUUUAGAGAUCCGUCCAGUGAUUGAUUGGAACAAGGGAAAAGCAGUUGAAUUUCUGCUUGAAUCUCUUGGACUGAACUCAAGUGAAGACGUGCUCCCUAUCUUUAUUGGUGAUGACAGAACUGAUGAAGAUGCUUUUAAGGUGCUGCGGGAGAGAAACCAAGGCUACGGCAUCUUGGUGUCUUCUAUGCCAAAAGAGACCAACGCAUACUACUCUCUUAGGGAUCCCUCAGAGGUAAUGGAAUUCCUGAGAGGAUUGGUGAGAAGCCGGAAGAAGGUGGGUGGUGAAGCCGGGAAUAAAUAAUUUGAUAUUUAGGUAACACAGAAUUCAACC